UGCUCGUGACGGGAAGCCUGUCCCAGCCUUGCGACCCGUGAGCCACCAUGUUCACGGCUCGCAAGAAGAUCGCCAAGGAGGCGGGCGCGGAGCCCACUGAGCUGGAGGAGCAGGUGGCCCAGGCCCUGUUCGACCUGGAGGCCACCAACGCGGAGCUGAAGAGCGACCUGCGGGAUCUGUGGAUCGCCGGCGCGCUGGAGGUGGACAUCUCCGCCUCCCGCAAGGCCAUCCUCAUCCGCGUUCCCUACCGCCUGCUCAAGGCCUACCACAAGAUCCAGCAGCGCCUGGUGCGGGAGCUGGAGAAGAAGUUCAGCGGCAAGGACGUCGUGAUUGUGGGCGUGCGCCGCAUCAUGCCGCCCGCCAAGCACAGCCGCCGCACGCAGCGCCCGCGCACCCGCACCCUCACCUCGGUGCACGAGGCCUACCUGGAUGACCUCGUCUACCCUACUGAGAUUGUGGGCAAGCGCAUCCGCUACAGGCUGGACGGCUCCAAGGUGCUCAAGGUGCUGCUGGACCCCAAGGACCGCAACAGCGCCGAGUACAAGACGGAGACGUUUGCGGGGGUGUACAAGAAGCUGACGGGGCAGGACGUGGCCUUUGAGUUCCCGGUGCAGGAGCAGCAGUGAGGCCGGCCCCCCAGCUGCCCCCCGCCGAGGAUGAGCUCCCCUGCCGGCGGGCGGCGCCGAGCCCGGCGUGCUCGGCUGCCGAGGAGCCUUGAGGCUGCGCCGCGCCCGCCAAGGCGCGGCGCGGCGUCAGCAGCAGCGCGGGGGGCGCGUCGGCGCGGCGCGCAGGCCCCCCCAGCGCUCCACACUACCCGCCUGCUUCCUUGUAGGCAUGUUUAACACACUAGGCCGCCAA